GGGCGAAACGUCAGGAGGGAAUGCUUCUGGAACAUGGCCAUACAGCCCGGAAAACUCAGCAUCCCAAUGAUUCCGGCCAUGAAAGCCUUUCACAACACAUUGGACGAGGGAGUGCUUCUGUCUAGGCUAAGUGCGCAUGUGUGCUUCUGCCCAGGCUCGGCGCGCAUGCGCACAAACAAUGCCGCCAAAUUGGACGCCCUUUUCGCUCCCUGUCUGAGGUGAAGGCAUUAUUGGUCAAAAUGGCGGCGGGUGCUGCUCCCUCAGCGGAGCCUUUGGUUUGCGCGCGGUUCCACCUUCGGCACGACUCCCGCUGGCUGGUGGCGCUCUCGCCUUCGCCGCCGCUGUGCUUGGCCUGCGCCCUGGAGACGCUGGAGGAAGGCGGUGUCUCGCAAGUACGCAAGAAGCAUGUGCUCUCCUGCCUUCAAGAUGCUCUGUUUCAGCAUGCAACACUGGUCAUCCCAUUGUUUGCCCAAGAUGAAAGAGUAUGCGCUCAUUUCUUAGCAACUUUGUUUGAGCUCUUGCAAACUAUGGAAAAUAGUAGUGCUCUGGAUUUAUCAAUUGAAGUGUUGGUGAUAUUGGUAGUAGAACUGAAGUUGGAUCGCUACUUGCACUAUUUACUAGAUGAAUGCCAGAAAAAGGUAAGUAACUUAUCCCCAAUUCCUUCUAUGUACUCUCACUUGAAGCGAAGGAAUCUGGGAUGUAAUGUUGAAUCAAGGCAAGAAGGUGGAAGAGUAUUUUUACGUCAUUUCCAAAUUGUUUGUACUAUACUGGAGGGUUCUUUUCUGUGUGGCUAGUUGUCUUAGUGGUAAUGUGGUAUAACUGAAAUUAACUAAAAGAUGCAGUUCAAUUUUCCUUCUCAGACUCUCAUCCUAUAUUGUCACAAUAUGGUAAAAUGGGUGAUAAAAUAAAUUAGUGGCAAUAAGAUACAGUUUUUAUACAGUUUACACAAAUACCUGUUUCCAUGUGUAAGGAAUUUGCUCAGUGGUUAUAGUAUUUUAAAGAAAGGUGCUUCAAAAAUAUAUGUGAUCACAAUUUAAAAUAUAUAACAGUUCCCAGAUCUUGCCUUCCUCAAUGUUUUCUCAGACUCAAUUAUCCACACACAACAUAAACACAUCAUUUUUUUUGCUGUUAGCAACCAAAUUAUAGUACACCCGUAGAAAGCUGGCAGCUCACUGGGCAUGUCUGAAUAAUAUGUGAAGGUAUGGGACAUGAUUCUUAUAAGGAAAUUAAUACAGAGUUUGAAAUUUAGGAAAAGAAAUAGACAUGAACGAUUUUAUGGAAACUUGGUUUAUUUUAAUCUGUUAGAUGAAUAAAAGCAAGAAUCCUAGAGAACAAGAUCCAGCUUCUCGUAAGCAAAUUUGAAAUAAUACAUUUGGCAUUGAAUGACGUCACUGACUGCUCUACAACAUUUUCUCCCAGUAAUGACAUUUAUUUUUAUUUUAUGUUACUCAUUUGUGUGAGAUUUGUUCCAUAUAUAAGAUGUUUUAGUAAGUAGUAAAACGUUUUUGUUUGCAGAAUACGUAUCCUGGUCAAGAAAGUUGCAUAUGCAUAUGUGAAUAGGCCGUUUCAUAACAUAUUUCAUGAACAUAUAUUCAUAACGCAAGCCCCCUCGAUGGAUUGUCACCUUGACAUAGUGAGGGGGCUUGUGUGUUGCAGUGAACCUGUGGGCACAACCAUGGGAGUCACACACCCAGGAGUGGCCACAGGGGAGGAUCUAGACCAAGAACAAUCCGAAGACCCAAAUACCUCUACGGUGGGGCAGGCGGAGGAUAACAUGGUACAUGUUACAACGGCUGUGAAGGCGGAAGAAGGUUGCAACAGACUGAGAAGCCACUCUUGUUGUGUUAAUCACACCACUGCUGGGACCUCAAUCUGUGAAGACUGUGUGUUGACCGGCCGUGCACCGAUCUCCACACAUUAAACACCCACAGAAAUGGAGGACCAUCAUCUUCGAACUACAAUGGAUCGCCUAAAAAGUCAUAACAUAUUUAGAAGCACAGAAGCAGAAGAUAUAAAGGACACCCAGUUUAGAGGUUCAGGGAAACAAAGAACCAAGUGUGAUGAUUUUAUUCAAAUGUCAGUCUCUUGAAUUAUUUGCUACAUUUAAAACUAUUUACUAUUGGUUAUUUGCUUUUUUACUCCACCUUUCUCCCAGUUAUUCAAGAUAACCACUGUAAGAGGUAGUUUACCUAUAUUUAUUCUUCUUGGAAAGUUGGCAGAUGCCAUUCCAAGUUUUGCUGAUGUAUUGGUGAUUGAACACAGUAAGUAUUAAAAGUGAA